AUGCGUGUCUUCUCUUCCAAACAGCUGUCUCCAGCAGGAGCAUCAUUCUCGGAGUACCGUGAUAGCAUCAACAUUCCGGUAGGAGCCAACGGCUCUAUAGCACUCGAUAUCACCCACCCCACCUAUGCUCCCAUUAGGGCCCGUGAUAAUGUGAUCAUCCGUCUCCCGCCGGGUCCAAUCUUCUCUUUUAGCCCCGAGGGCCUUCCCACGUAUUCACCACCCCGUCACAGGGGACCACCUUCCAAGGAAUAUGUCCCACGCAGCCUAGCAACCAUCACAUCCUCAACGAUAGUAACAAUCAACUACCGUCUGGGAAAUCUGCCAACCAACUCCGAUAAUCCCACUGACCUGGCAUUCCACGAUUACAAAUACCCAACCCCCGUCCACGACACCCUCGCUGGCCUCGACUGGAUUCUGGAGACCCUGCAGCCUAGUCGUCUAAGCGUCAUUGGCACGCACAUUGGCGGCUCCCUGGCCCUAAUGCUCUCCCUCACGGAAGCCAAGUCCAUCCACGCAGUCGCGGCUCUAGAGCCCAUCUGCGAUUGGACAUCCCUUGAUGAGCAUUGUAUUCAAUCACCGCCAACGGAUGAAAAGGCAGCCUUGACUAGCUGGCGCAACAAAAAGCAUCCCAGGGGAAGAGUCGCACCAUGGGACCUUCCCCCACUUCUAGCAGCAAGGAAGGCGUAUUUCUCCACCCCAGAGCGGUAUUUCGACGCCUUUGCGUCACCGAUCUUAUUUCUUCGUUCUGCGGGGAAGGACACUCCCCGCUCGUUUCCGGAGUAUUAUACAGGACCGGAGUAUCCAGUUCCCGUUUUGAAAGCUGGUAAUGCGUCUGAGGGCGAGGACCUUCUUGACUCCUUGGAUGUGUAUCGACAUGAGGAGCAGGAGAGUACGCAUGAUUCGUAUUCUAAGGAUAGUGAAACGAAACGCGAACCGCCUCGGAGACGAAAGGCCAUCUCGAGAUGGCCGCCAUUCGGUCUGGAUUAUGGGACUAGUGGUCCAACGUGGCAUCAUCCUGGUCAGGGGAUCAAGCGGCUCGAGAUGGAACUUCCCUGGGUGAGGAUAUCAACUCGCGUUGAUGACUCUCUUUCUAAAUCAGGGCUUUUGAUGGCUGCCCCGGGAGCACGGAAAUGGAAAAGGGUUCACACAGAUAGCGUUUUAUAUCAACAAGCCCACGAAAUGGUCGAUGUUAUGCAACGGGCGUGUUUCUGGGGCCGCGAGAAGGGGUAUGGUCAGAAGAGAGUGACCCUCACUCAAUUCCUGGAGCAUGAUUGGACUCUCUCACAUCACAGGGCAGCGGAUUGGCUGAGGGAGGUGAUGAUGAAUUGA